UGACUACUGACCAAGCAUGGAGAGCCUGCAGCACACUUCCAGCUAACUUCUAUUAGAGCAGAGAGUUGAUCGGCUGGACCAGUAUGCUGGGCGGGGACCCUGUGGAGGAGUGACAGGCAGCAGUUCUCAGGCUGGACGUUACGGGACCCAGUGGGUCCCAUCACUGCCAUGGAGUUUGGGAGGUUUCUUUUCAAGUCCCAAAGAACUUUGCUGCUCGGCAUGAUAAUGUUCAAACUGGGUAUACUGUGCACAGCAGCAGACCAGUGUCUGUCAUCCCCGUGUCAGAAUGGAGGUACGUGUUUGGACUAUAUGGGUAACUACACGUGUCUCUGCCCCAGAUGGCCAGUCCACUACACGGGCAAGGACUGUAAGGAGCUGUACGAUCCCUGUGUCUACGAUGCCCCUUGCACCAACUGUACCAGCACACUGGGCACAGGGGUCUACACCUGCCACUGCCUUGUCGGCUUCGCAGGGACCAACUGCACACUCAACAUCAGCAGGUGUUUGGACAACCCAUGUAAAGGGGGUGUCAGGUCUCACUGUGUGGACAGGGUGGACGGCUACACCUGCCACUGUCCCCCUGGCUAUGGAGGAGAAGCGUGCCAGGAGAGGAUCAUUGACUGCUCUGAGGAGCCGUGCCAUAACGAUGCCACCUGUGUUGGCACACCGGAUGGGUACGUGUGCCAGUGUGGCCCGGGUCUCCAGGGGAGGGACUGUGAGGAGAACAUAGAUGACUGUAAGUCACUCCCCUGUCAGAACGGAGCCAUCUGUAAAGACGGCAUCAACGGAUACCAGUGCUUCUGUGUGCCUGGUUUCCAAGGCUACCACUGCGACCUGGACAUUAACGAGUGUGCGUCGCGGCCAUGUGAGAACAACGGGACCUGUGCCAAUGAGGUGGACCACUAUGAGUGCAACUGUCUUCUUGGAUUCAAAGGGGUGAACUGUGAAGUGGAGAUAGAUGACUGUGAGGAGCAGCCCUGCCAGAAUGGAGCCAGCUGCCAUGACCAUGUGGGUCUGUACACAUGUGAGUGUGUGUCCGGGUACGAGGGCCAUGAAUGUGAGCUGGACAUUGACGAGUGUGCCAGUGGACCCUGUCUCAACGAGGGCAACUGCACAGACCUGGUGAACAGCUAUGAGUGUGACUGCACUGGGACAGGCUUUACAGGAGAGCAAUGUGAAGUGGACAUCCCAGAGUGUGCUUCUGACCCCUGCCAGAAUGGAGCUACCUGCGUAGAGGGAAUCAACCAAUAUGGCUGUUUCUGCUGGCCAGGUUAUGAAGGGAAGAACUGCCAGGUGGAUAUAGACGAGUGUGAGCUGGAGCCCUGUGAGAAUGGAGGAGAGUGUUUCCAGCGCUCAGAGUUGCUGUACAAUGGGGUGCUGUCUGGGCUGGAAGACAGGGAGUUCAACUAUGAGGAUGCAGCUGGGUUCCUCUGCCACUGCCAACCUGGGUUUGCUGGAGAGAGCUGUGAAGUGAAUGUGGACGAGUGUGAGUCCGCCCCGUGUCAGAACAGAGGGAGCUGUGAGGACCUGGUCAACUCAUAUUGGUGUGUCUGUCUACCGGGGUUCACAGGUGUGCACUGUGAGGUAGACAUCGACGAGUGUGAAAGCGAGCCUUGUCAGAACGGAGGUUCCUGCCACGACGGCUCCAACGCCUACACCUGCCACUGUGUGGAGGCGGAGCCAGGGGAGGAGCCGUGGGGCGGCCAUAACUGUGACGUCCGCCUGAUUGGCUGCAGGGAACACCUGUGUGAGAACGGAGCCCCCUGUGUGCCUAUCCUAAGCCAAGAAGAGGAUGGUAAUGAGGACAGGGAUGGGGAUGAGGAUGAACAAGAGCAUGGACACACCUGCCUUUGUCCCCCGGGCUUCACUGGGAAGCACUGCGGCAUCCCCACCACCUUCUCCUUCAACACAGAGGGCUAUAUCCUCAUUCAGCUCCCUCCUACAGCUAACAGGAGCAGGGCAGAAGUAGAACCCCAUCACCACCACGUCCAGCUGCGCUUCAGGACCACUCUGCCUGACAUGCUUCUGUUCUACGGAGGGGCUGAGCACUACUUUGUGUCCCUGGAGAUCGUGGGGAGUCUCCUCAAGGCUAGAGCUGGAUCAGGGAAAAAGCUACAGGCCACCUACCAUCUCCCAGUCAACGACGGAGACUGGCAUGAGGCCAAAGUGACCAUGGAUGAGAAGCUGGUACUGAUGGUCAAAGGACCAGUCUGUGACAAUGACGAGGGAUGCACGGUGGAGAACGAAGGACACAACCAACUGGUCUUCUUCCAACAUGGAUCAUUCCCAGAAGUCUAUGUGGGGGGAGCCCCCCAGAAGUAUCUGGCCAACACAGACAGUAGGAAGGGUUUCAUUGGCUGCGUGGAGGAUCUACAAGUUGACCACCAGCGUGUUCUGCCACAGGAUUUCUCUCGAGAGCACGUCCAAGACAUGGAGCUGGGCUGCAACAAGACUGACUGGUGUCAUCCUGACCCCUGCCAUCAUCGUGGGCAGUGUAUUGACCUGUGGACUAGCUUCAGAUGUGAGUGUCAUCGACCCCAUCAUGGCUCCCUGUGUGAAGAAGAACACCCCUCAUGGACAUUCAGUAAUGAAGAAACAGUGAGCUAUGCUGCCUUCAACAUCAACACAACUGAUGGUGAGAACUUCAACAUCUCCUUCUUCCUCCGCUCUCUGAAUCCCAGCGGCCUGCUACUCCAGCUGCGGAGAGGGAGGAGGGCCUACCUCAUCCUGUACCUGCGGGAGGGAACCCUGGUCUUCAACAGCCCCCCCACCACUCUGUUCUCUAACAAUAUCUACUUCACCAGCGGACAGAGGGAGCUGGUUACUAUAACAAUACGCCAGGGUCAGGUAGGGUUCAGCCAGGCUGGUACACAGCUCUCCCUGGGGAGGGUGAGGAUGGAACAGGGGGAUGUGGUGUAUAUCGGGGGUCUGCCACCGGGGGAGUCCACUGCCCCCUGGGGAGGUCACUUCAAAGGCUGCCUGCAGGACAUCACUCUGGACCACAUGCAGCUGUAUCCCAACCACACAAAGGAGGAGUGCCACUCCUACGAAGCGUACCAGUGCUACUUCCCAAACAAAGCUGAGAAUGUGUUGGAUGGCUGUGUCAGUGAUGAGGCAUGCAAGACUGGUCCCUGUCAGAAUGGAGGAACGUGCAUGGUCACCUGGAAUGACUUUGAGUGCACCUGUCCUAUGAACUUCUCUGGCAGGCGAUGUGAUACACGCGUGUGGUGUGUCAGUGACCCCUGUGCCAUGGGCAGCCAGUGUGUGGAUCUAGUUGACGGUUAUGAGUGUCUCACUAAUGCCACCUUUGAGAGCAACGCUCUGCAGUUCACUGCUAACGGCUCGCUAGUCGCCUCGGUGACUAGUGUCUCCGUGGACAUACGUACACGGAAGGAGAACGGCGUACUACUGCGGGCCACUAACGGAGCAGAGGUCUUCUGUCUGGGUCUGCUCAACUCCUCCCUACUAGUCAAACUACUGAGCGGCAACAGCCUGGAGUUGCAGGCAUUCACCAGUGACUUGACCAUCUCAGAUGGGGCCUGGCACCAUCUCCACCUUGCCAUGGCCGACCCCCUGCAACCUGUGUCCCGCUGGCGCCUCACUGUGGACGGGCGCAGGGUGGGCAGCACCAUGGGCACAGCCGGGAAUCUCAACUUCCUCAACAACACCACUGUGUGGAUGGCAGAGAACUACACAGGCUGUCUGGGGGAGUUGAGGGUGGGAGGAGUCUACCUACCCCUGGUGGACGACCAGGAUGCCCCCCAGGCAGCCCGGUUUAUCAGGCAGGGGGGCCAGGAGCCCAAGAUGGGGUGUGUUGGUGCCGAUGUGUGCCAGUCCCAGCCCUGUCUAAACCAGGGCUUCUGCCAGGACCUCUGGAACCUGUUAAACUGCAGUUGUGCCCCAGGCUGGGAAGGACAGUUCUGCCAGAGGAACACAGAUGAGUGUGCCUCAGGCCCCUGUGCCCAUGGCACCUGCACAGACCUGCUGGCAGACUACCGUUGUGAGUGUCACAAAGGCUGGGGGGGCAGAGACUGUGAUGAGGAGGUGGAUGACUGCCUGGAACACAGCUGUUUGAAUGGGGGCUCCUGUCUGGAUGGGACGGGCAACUACCACUGCGUCUGCCUCCCUGGAUACAGCGGCCGCCGCUGUCAGCGGAGAUUCCCUCCACAGCAGUGUGAUGAGGAUACGAAGUGUGACAACGGUGGAGUCUGCAUGGAUGGGAUCUGGGGUGCCAACUGCACCUGCAAGCCUGGAUACACUGGGGACUGGUGUGAGGCAGAGAUAGAUGAGUGUGAGUCCAGUUCCUGUCUCAACGGUGCUACCUGCCUGGACCGACUCAACAGCUUCCAGUGUAUGUGUUUGCCGGGCUUCAGCGGCACACAGUGUGAAAGCAAUAGACAGGAGCAGAGGGAGCGUGUGCCCUGGCUAGUGGUGGCCAUCCCUCUGGCCAGCCUGUGUGUGCUGUUGGCUGUGGUGGCCCUGGUCUUCAUGGUGUUGACCGCCCGCAAGAAGCGCCAGUCAGAGGGCACCUAUAGUCCCAGUGCCCAGGAGGUGGCAGGGGCACGGCUGGAGAUGGGCAGCGUGCUCAAAGUACCCCCUGAGGAGAGGCUCAUAUGAGCCCUACACACAACAGAAACACUCACUUCCUUUGCUUGGUUUCAUACACCUACACUAUCUGGUUCAGACACACAAACAGACAGGCGAGGACUGGUCCGACUCAUUAAGAUGUGUCCAAGGGGUGAAAGGCCACCAGCGGUGUGGACAUAUGCCCUUACAGUGGUGCCCCCGCCACACUGCUGCUGCUGGGUCAUGGUGGUGGGGGUGGUUAAACCCAGAGCUCAUCCCUCUAUGGAAAGAAGUGAUGUGAUCUGUCAGAGCCUCAGAGAAAGGCAGGAUAGAGACGGUCUUCUUCCCAAGACUCGAGAAAUGCUGUCGUGUUGAGUCUCCUCAGCUAAUCCCUUCUCUGGAGUGAUGAACCACACUUGAUUCCAGUGUCUUUCUAUAAAAUACCUACCUGUGAACAUUCUAUACCCCACAUUGGUUAUGUGUGAGUUCACACGAACGACGACUUUGAUGGUAAAACAUUGUAUUUUUCUCGGGAUGUGCACUAUGUAAGUUAACAGGCUACACCAACAAUGUAAAUAAUGAUCUAUUUCUAAAUAUUUUAUGUGUUUUUGUUCAUGUCACUGUCUUAUGCAAAUGUACGAGGUGCUCCUAAAACUCCUAGAAAGUGGAUUGAGACCAUGUUAAUGUUAUCAGCUAACUUCAACUCUGAUGCCACAGUCUUUAGACAGGUUGCAUUUAGUCUUUGCUCACCGGUGCCACUAACUCCACCAGCCAAGUGAUCAAUGGAUGUUUUUCGCUCUCUGUAACUAUGGAUGCUUUACCACAUUUACACGGUAACUGAGCUGAAUGAAAGUAAGGCACUAUAUUUUUCUAUCAAAUGAGCUAGAUAUGAAGAUCAUGCAGACCCUACUGAAGGCAAAUAAUUGCAAGAUCAGUAUUUGUUAUGAAUUGACUUCUAAAUUACUUUAUGAAUGAGUUGUUUGUAUGUGCCUUCCUAACAGAAUGGAUGGAAUGCUGACAAACCCAACAUUUUACUCCUUAAUAUUGUAUCUAUAUGUUCGAUGGAGCCACAUACUGUCUCAAAGGGAAACUCACUGUGAUGAUGUUAUUGAUGUCUUUGUGGAAUGCUGUAGAGCAGUAUGAUAGACAGAUAGACAGAGCAUGCUGCCUAUUCCAGCUCUGUUGGGCCUCCUCUUAUUCCUGUAGGGCUGGAUGAUAUUGUACAGACAUGUUACUGUGUAUACACUGACAUCAUCUCUGUUCCAGCUCUGUUGGGCCUCCUCUUAUUCCUGUAGGGCUGGAUGAUAUUGUACAGACAUGUUACUGUGUAUACACUGACAUCAUCUCUGUUCCAGCUCUGUUGGGCCUCCUCUUAUUCCUGUAGGGCUGGAUGAUAUUGUACAGACAUGUUACUGUGUAUACACUGACAUCAUCUCUGUUCCAGCUCUGUUUGGCCUCCUCCUCUUAUUCCUGUAGGGCUGGAUGAUAUUGUACAGACAUGUUACUGUGUAUACACUGACAUCAUCUCUGUUCCAGUGCUGGAUUUCACAGAAUACAUGCCAGGGUUGGGUUCAAUUCAGUUUUCAAUAAAGUCAAUUCAGGAAGUGAACAUAGCCCAUUGCUUUCUAUGGGCAUUUUUCAAUUCACAAAGUCAAUUGUCAAUUAAAAACUAAUUUGACCCCAAUCCUGGUACACCCUGGAUUAAUCUACAACAGGGGAUAGACUGGACUGACCUGUAUUUCAGCACUGAACAGUAUGGUAGGAGCCUACACUGGACGCAUCUCUACUCACGCAGUACAAAGUACAGUAUACUGAACAGUAUGGUAGGAGCCUACACUGGACGCAUCUCUACUCACGCAGUACAAAGUACAGUAUACUGAACAGUAUGGUAGGAGCCUACACUGGACGCAUCUCUACUCACGCAGUACAAAGUACAGUAUACUGAACAGUAUGGUAGGAGCCUACACUGGACGCAUCUCUACUCACGCAGUACAAAGUACAGUAUACUGAACAGUAUGGUAGGAGCCUACACUGGACGCAUCUCUACUCACGCAGUACAACGUACAGUAUACUGAACAGUAUGGUAGGAGCCUACACUGGACGCAUCUCUACUCACGCAGUACAAAGUACAGUAUACUCAACAGUAUGGGAUGCUGGGUAGGCUACACUGGUAUAUACAAGGAGUAUUCUGUGAUUCUGUCAAAUGUGAUUGGAUAGUAACACUGUAACAUGAUGUAAUUGUAUAUAAUGUGAUUUAUUCAAAAGGUAAACGUUUCUGUUGGAUUUCAACAGUUGAACUGCUGCAAAAGAGCUCAUAUAAAAGGAGGAUAAUAAAAACAACACCAUGAAGUAAUGGA